CUGUGCCUGAUAAGAAUGAUUUAAUGUGCAUUGUUUGUUUGGCUCAUCAAUCACGAAACGGUCCAUGCACUUCUUGUCGCAAUAUGGCUGCCACUGUGGUCAACCAUGCUCUGUAUCCUGAUGCAACUAUCACCAUGGCGUUGUUUCGAGAGGUUACAAAUGCCGCUGAGCUUCGACAACAUGUCAUGAAGGGGGAGUUCGAGGCUUCUCUUUUGAAACCAGUAAUGAUUGUUGAUCCAUUUCAAGUCCUUGUAGCUGCCAAUAAAGCUGAGCAUUUACACCGCAGUGGGAGAAUGAUGACAAGAAAUGUCCACACAGAGAUUCUCUUCUGUCUUUCACCCACAAAAAAUAUUUCAGAUUCAUUCAAGAAGUUUGGUUUGGGUGACUCGGAUACUUCAGCUUUAGUUGUGAUCAUGAAUGACAACAACGGCAGCACACUGGCAACAGUGACAGAGAAGGUACAGGGAAAACUGGUUGAUGUCACAGAAGUUGGCGAGCUCACAGACUCUGAUAUGGUCAAAAAGGUGUACAAGCUUACAGAGCAGGAGCUGACUGUAGGAUCUCCUCUGGACAGCAUCACGACAAGGAUUGCAGCAAAGGAAAUGGCUGUUGUUUGAUCCACACCAGCUGCUGUCCCGCUGGUCAGAUUUGAACGAACAUGUAAAUAGGAAAUAAAAGAUCUCAGUCAA